AGGAAGUGGUUUCACUUGGCCAAAUCCUAGGGUGACAGUAGAGUCGAGUCAUAGACCAUUUCUUGCCACCGCCAAGGCACUUAUUGAUGUGCAUGAUGGUAAACUGAUCCUGCGUGCUGGGAAUGAACAGGCUACUUUUUCUAUGACUGAAUUUGAUCACUGUGCUAUGAUUGCUGUCACACCUGUGCAUGCCAUUUCUGAUCAGGUACACGAGCCUGUCGUGUAUCCUUCUGCACCUCCGGCACCACGACCACCCUGGCCGUCUGGGUACUCACUCGCCUGCAUCUUGCCGGAUGGCCAGGUCGAGCUGACCGAUGAUGGUGGUCGCAUCCGUCGGGUGCAUGGCCACAACCUGAAGCUGUACCUCAAGAGCGACGUGGAUCCGCUCUUGGAGGCACCUGUUCCUUCACCUCCCUGAGUAUCCACCAUGGGCGUCCAGCUAAAAGACGGUAAAGAAGCGCUUGUGGGGAGGCAACCCCACCACGGUUUGACUUUCUUUCUUGUGUUUUGAGUCGGAUUGUAAACCAGUUUGGUUUUGGUUUGUUUUCUUUUGUUUUGGAUGAUGUCUUAUUGGGCUGACAUUGGACCUAACAUAUUGUGUUUGAGCUCUUUGGUUUCCUCUAGCUGUGCUUGGCUUGAUUGGUCCGCUUCCAGUCCCCUGCAGUCCGUGCAUACCGGUAACAUCGUUCCCCUUUCCCUUCCCUCUUCUCCAUUGAGGGCAAUGUGGAUCUUAAGUGUGGGGGGAUGUUUAUCUUUAACUGCAUUAGAUCUGUUUGUGUGCUUGAAGCCUAGUCCACUGUCCAAAUUUUUAAAUUUGAGGGCUCCAAGUACGUGUUUCCGUGCAAUUGCCUGCUCAAUAUGCUUUGAAUUGACAGUCUUUAUGGUAAUGUGCAACCUAGGGAGGUAGUGUAGCACUAUGGAGGAUGUUGAUGCAUUUAAGAAGUCUCAUUUCUUCUUCAUAUUGUGUUGGUUGAUUGAGUGAAUUAGUGAUCUUAGGACCCUUGAGUUGUGUGGUGUUGUGGACUCUCUACCUGUCAUGGACUCUUGUAUCAUGUUUUGAGUUUAACAGGUGCUCGAAAAUGUACUUUAGAAUAACGUCUCCCGUGCGAAUAGGGCGAAAGUGUGUAAGGGGAGACGGGAAUCCGUUCCCAAUUUCCACCUACUACCUCCAGCCCCCUUACAUGUCUUUCCCCCGCACGAGGCUCGAGACAUCCGCUCCUGGCAUGGCCGGUAAGAGCAGGUUGGGACCCUUAAAAGAAAAAAAAAGAAAAAACAAACAGAAAACAAGCAAAAUAGAAAGAAAAGGGGUUCCAACCAUCUUCAAGAAGAAAAUAGAGCACCUUGAAAAAUGUGAGUCCAUGAUCCUUUGUUUUUGAGAAUCUCUUCAUCCACGAUUCAUUUGUCCUCUGUUCACUAUUCGCAAUGAUUCUGACUCGAUACUAGUGCUCUCGCCGAAGAAGCUAUGAGAUAACUUGUGCGUCGCUUGACCUCGUAAGUUGCUAAAUAAUCUAGGAAGUCCUCUACCUACGAUCUGGGUUGUUUGUUGCUAUAGAGGUCUGGAGAGUUGCAUUGGUUUGAGUUAGGUUUGCUUGGGGACAAGCAAACGGUUAAGUGUGGGGGAAUUUGAUAACGAUGUAAUUGCACGAAUUUGCGCCCCUAGUUCUUAUCCGUUUGAGGGGCAUAGUCGUGUAUUUUUUGCCUAUUUUACGUCGGGUUGUGCUAUUUUGUCAUAUUUCAGGUCCCAGGCGUCAAAGGAAAGGCUAAGCACGACUUUCGGGGCAUUCGGAAGUCAUUUCGGUGAGCUGGAGCCAAAACACGGGCACACCUAAAACAGAACACGGCCGUGUUCUGUGACCGUGCUUUUACUGCCGAGAGCUAAUUCGAGUUUGGACCACAUUGGCCAAAACACGGGCAGGGUUGAGAUAGAACACGGGCGUGCUUCACCAAAGCACGGCCGUGUCCUCCCAAAAGCACGGCCGUGUUCUCCCAAAGCACGGCCGUGUUCUCCCAAAGCACGGCCGUGUUUGCACCAACACAGUGGCCGUGUAAUUAACACUAGCCAAAGCA